AUGGCGCUGCGGAGCCUCCUGCUGCUGCUGCUGCUCUCGCUGGGGUCCCUUGACCUGCUGCCCGGCGCCCUCGGCGCCCGCGGCCGCGCCGCCAACCGGACCCUGAGCGCCGGCGCUGCUGCCGUCGGCGGCCGGCGACCCGGGGGGGCCCUGGCCCGGGGCGGCCGCGAGCUAAACGGCACCGCUCGGGCCCCCGGCGGCCCAGAGGCGGGGAGCCGGCGCGGGCAGCCCGCGUUGGCGGUGGCGGCAGCGGCGGCGGCGGCGCCCAGCGCGGCCGUCACCUACGAGACGUGUUGGGGCUACUACGACGUGAGCGGCCAGUACGACAAGGAGUUCGAGUGUAACAACAGCGAGAGCGGCUACCUGUACUGCUGCGGCACCUGCUACUACCGCUUCUGCUGCAAGAAGCGCCACGAGAAGCUGGACCAGCGCCAGUGCACCAACUACCAGAGCCCGGUGUGGGUGCAGACGCCCAGCACCAAGGUGGUGUCGCCGGGGCCCGAGAACAAGUACGACCCGGAGAAAGACAAGACCAACUUCACCGUCUACAUCACCUGCGGGGUGAUCGCCUUCGUCAUCGUGGCCGGCGUCUUCGCCAAGGUGUCCUAUGACAAGGCCCACCGCCCUCCUCGGGAGAUGAACAUCCACAGGGCUCUGGCUGACAUCUUACGGCAACAAGGACCAAUCCCCAUAGCACACUGUGAAAGAGAAACUAUCUCGGCUAUCGAUACCUCUCCCAAAGAGAACACGCCAGUCAGAUCGUCCUCCAAAAACCACUACACCCCUGUGCGCACGGCCAAGCAGACUCCAGGGCAUUAUGGGAAGGACGCUUACCGAAGCGGAGGACCUGAUCUCCAUAACUUCAUCUCAUCUGGAUUUGUCACGUUAGGAAGAGGACACACGAAGGGUGAUCAUCAGUGUAAACAUCCGAUUUUAAGCAGUGCUACCCAGACCCCUACACAUGAAAAGCCACGGAUGAACAACAUCCUGACAUCAGCCACCGAGCCCUACGACCUCUCCUUCUCCCGUUCCUUCCAGAACCUGGCUCACUUGCCCCCCUCCUACGAGUCUGCAGUGAAGACCAACCCCAGCAAGUACUCAUCUCUGAAGAGGCUAACAGACAAGGAGGCCGACGAGUAUUACAUGCGGAGGCGGCACCUUCCAGACCUGGCCGCCCGUGGCACCCUCCCCCUCAACGUCAUCCAGAUGUCACAACAGCAGAAGCCGCUGCCGAGGGAACGGCCCCGUCGGCCCAUUCGGGCCAUGUCGCAGGACAGGGUGCUGUCCCUGGAGCGGGGCCUGCCGGAUGAGUUCGGCAUGCCCUACGACCGCAUCCUGUCGGACGAGCAGCUGCUGUCCACGGAGCGCCUGCACUCACAGGACCCACUGCUGUCCCCGGAGCGGACGGCCUUCCCUGAGCAGGCCCUGUCACGGGCCAUCUCGCACACAGACGUCUUUGUGUCCACGCCCGUGCUGGACCGCUACCGCAUGACGAAGAUGCACUCCCAUCCCAGUGCCUCCGAUAACUCCUACGCCACCCUGGGCCAGAGCCAGACAGCCGCCAAGCGCCAGGCCUUCGCCUCGCGCAGACACAACACCGUGGAACAGCUGCACUACAUCCCGGGCCACCACACCUGCUAUACGGCCAGCAAGACCGAAGUGACCGUGUAA